AAUUUACUUCUGUUUAUAUGCUUACACUAUGUUGCUUACUUAUAUCGAUGGAUUGAGUGACAUGACAGAAAAAGGAAACAAUGUGUCAAUAAUUUUCGUUGGUGAUAUAAAUUUCGACGGUUGUGUGAAGUACUACGUGAAUCAUGGCUUCAAUACAUACAACGAUACGUUGGCCGAAGUUGCAGAUGUUAUCAGAGAAGCAGAUAUUGCUGUAGGAAAUCUUGAAUGUUCUCUAACUACGAAAUCAAUGACAUCCAAAGGCAUCAUGAAACACAAAAUACUAGUUGAUGCUGAUCCCAGCAGUGUGAAAGCAUUAAAUUUUGCAGGUUUUGAUAUAAUGAGCGUUGCCAAUAAUCAUUUUAACGACUACGGUGUUAAACCCGUUAAUCUCACAAUCGACUCUCUCGUAAAAGUUGGAAUAGAAAGCUUUGGUUUCAAUUUUGGUGACGUCUACACACCCCAGAUGCCCAUCAUUCUCACUGUCGAGAAUAUAACAGUCGGCUUUCUUGCAUAUUGCUAUGUUAUCUUCAGUUACAGGGGAGAAUAUUGUUCACGUUUAAGGAAAAGAUUUAAUCUUAAUGCAGGACCGGUCUCUUUUACCGAUGAGGUAGCAACGAGAGAUGUUCAAAAGUUGAAGGAAAAAGUGGAUGUAAUAAUAGUUUAUAUGCACUGGGGAAAAGAUUACAAAACGGCUUUGCAAGAAUAUCAGAAGCGCAUUGCCAAUUAUCUUCAUUCGCUGGGAGUGUCAGCGGUAAUAGGCGCACAUCCCCAUGUCUUACAGAGUCACGUGAAGAGAAAUUAUCAAUUAACCGUAUACAGUUUGGGCAACUUUUUGUUUCCACAACAUGGUACCAAAAUGAAUAUAUUUAGAACUGGUCACUCCCAUCAGCUUACUAAAGAUGCAAUCGAUGAAUUCGAAAGAGAUGCCGCGACAUUAAAAGGACCAACAACCCUUUCGAGAAUUUUAAGAAUGUAUGUUACAAGGAAUGGAGUGAUUGCUGCGGAUUAUCUUCCAGUAGAAAUCAAGUUUGAUCGAGAAAAGAAACUUCUGCAUCCCACUCUCAGCAACGGCCGACGUUGGAUUGAAGUGUGUUCAAAAGACGAUAAUGCAUGUUUACCAUCUGCUAACGUAAAAGAGCAUGAGGAUACUUGAUUUUGGAACUUAGAACAAGGAUGAGAAGUUCUCCUUCUUAACUGAUUGCUACAGUUUCUGUUAGAAGUUAAAAUUACUAAACGAUCAAGAAAGAUUUGCAAGAAUCAAGAAAGAUUUGCAAGUCUUUAACUGGAUAAUUAGCAGUAUUUUUUUGUCAAAUUUGUGAAUGCUGAUUUCAACAUACCAAGUCCUUGCAAUGUUUUUUCGAAUAAAGGAAAUUUUAUGACGGA